UUAUAAGUAUAAUGCUGAUGUUAUCAGUCUUGAUUAUGCUCUACUUAAACCAUCAGCCCCGAUUAAUCCUGACCCACCAUUACAGUACAAUAACUUAUUUGACGCUAUGGUCGAAGCUGUCCACUCAGCAUUGGAGAAGGUCGGUGGUGGAUCUCUAGAGGUUGUCGUGACAGAAUCUGGCUGGCCAACAGCUGGUGAUAUAGGAGCAAGUUUUGAGAAUGCACAAACUUACAAUAACAAUCUAAUUCAGCAUGUGAAACAAGGGACGCCUAAGAAGCCGGGAAAGCCUACAGAGACUUACUUGUUCGCCAUGUUUAAUGAAAGAGGAAAAGAGCCUGAAGUUGAAAAGAAUUGGGGGCUUUUUUUCCCAAACAAAGAGCACAAAUAUCCAGUGAACUUUUUCUAA